GCCCCUUGCGCCGUGCGUGCGUCCGACCCCCGCGCUCUCGGAGCGGCCCGCGAGCUCGUACCGGCUUCUCUGCAACCUCAGCCUGAGCGCCGCCAUCGCCGUCAUGCUGGGCGCCGGUCUCCGCCGCUGUGCGGUAGCAGCCGCAGCCCGUGCUAUGCCCCGCGGCUUCCUACACCCCGCUGCGGCUCCCAGCCCCGUCGCCGCUGUCCAGUCCGCUCGCUGCUAUUCCCAUGGGUCACAUGAGACAGAUGAGGAAUUUGAUGCUCGCUGGGUGACGUACUUCAACAAGCCAGACAUAGAUGCCUGGGAAUUGCGUAAAGGGAUGAAUACGCUUGUUGGCUAUGAUCUGGUUCCAGAGCCCAAAAUCAUUGAUGCUGCUUUGCGGGCAUGCAGACGGUUAAAUGAUUUUGCUAGUGCUGUUCGGAUCCUAGAGGUGGUUAAGGACAAAGCAGGACCUCAUAAGGAAAUCUACCCCUAUGUCAUCCAGGAACUGAGACCAACUCUGAAUGAACUGGGAAUCUCCACUCCAGAGGAGCUGGGCCUUGACAAAGUGUAACCCACAGGUGAUGUCACUAAGAUG